CUAGCUCCUUGAAUAACGGUGACUCGACGGCUCCCGUCCGAUGUCAAAUGUCUCGGGUUCCAGCUGAACACUCAGAAGAACAGCUGGAUGAUUGUUUGGCAAUAACGCGAUAGGCAAUCGGCGGCAGCGACAUCACCCAAGGUCAGCGCCCCCCGGAUGGCCAGAGGCCAGAAUGCUGGCUGGACAUGGACGCCCCAGAAUACCUGGACCUGGACGAGAUUGACUUCAGCGAUGACUUAGCUUACUCUGCCAAGAGCAUUCCAGAGCUGUGCAGGAGGACAGAUGGGCAGAAUGAAGAAAGACAAGCUCCAGCCAUCAACUGGAGUCGUGGGGUGCCACACAGCGGAGCGGGCGUCAAACCCACGGGCAUCGCAGACGUCUACAGCAAAUUCCGCCCGGUCAAACGGGUCUCGCCCCUCAAACACCAGCCCGAGGUGCCGGCUGCGGACAGCGAAGGGGAUGCCAAGGGCUCCGCCCAAAAUGGCGACCGGGGGAGCAAAGACGAGGCCACCACCCUGGUGGCCAAAACUGGACAGGCUGGUGGAGGAGGGGUGGGGGCACCAUCGUCUUCUGCUGAACCCCAAUGCGUGAAGCCCCGCGUGGGGAUGAGUGCAGGGGUAUUAAUGGGUGAGCUGGAACACUACGACCUGGACAUGGAUGAGAUUCUGGACGUGCCCUACAUCAAGUCCAGCCAGCAGAUGGCCACGCUGCCCAGAGUGGGCUCCGAGCGCCGGGCCUUGGGCGGGGGAGGAGGGGGGUCCCUGGCGGGGGGUGGUGGGGUCGUCGGGGGCAUAGGGGGCAACAUGGGUGGUAAUAGCAGUACAGAAAGGGUCCAUGGGCACACCCUGACCCGCACGUCCACCCUGCCCCUCAGCGAGAGCGUUAGCAUGGCCCCCCAGAUGUGCGUCCUGUCCCCGGUCAAGUGGCCCGACAUGCGGAAAUCCAAAUCCAUGGAGCCCGAUUUCCUGCGCUCGCCGACAGGUGCUUUCCAGCCUGUCUCCUCCUCUUCCUCCUCCUCCUCCUCCUCUUCCUCAGCUACCACUGCUGCUGCUGCUGCCGCUUCUCUGCACUGCACCUCCACUCCAGAUGGGGGUGCUCUGGCAGGAGGCAGACCGCAGUACCCGGACAUACAGGCCCUGAAGGCGGGCUCGGACUCGGCGUCUGGAGGAGGAGGAGGAGGAAGCCAGGGCCAGCCGGCGAUGUUCCCCCUGCAGGGGGCAGGCGGUGGCGGGAGAGCGGAGAUGGGGAAGGCCUGGGGGGGCUCCAGGCCCUAUGGAGCUGCAGGAGGAGGAGGAGGAGGAGAAGUUGACGAGGAGACCAAAAAGAGCCAGAACAUCAUCAACAUCGUCCGCGAGGGACAGAUCUCACUUCUGCCCCACUUGGCAGCGGACAAUCUGGAGCUGAUUCGGGACGAGGAGGGCAGCAACCUGCUGCACGUGUCGGCCUCGCACGGCCACGCCGACUGCCUGCAGCACCUCACCUCCCUGAUGGGGGAGGACUGUCUGACGGAGCGCAAUCUCCAGCAGCUCACCCCCGCUGACCUGGCAGUGCGGAAUGGGCACCUGGAGUGUGUGCGCUGGAUGGUGAGUGAAACAGAGGCUAUUGCUGAGCUAAGCUGCACUCGAGAGCACCCCAGCCUUAUCCACUACGCCGCCCGCUAUGGACAGGAGCGCAUCCUGCUGUGGCUGCUGCAGUUCAUGCAGGAGCAGGGCAUCUCUCUGGACGAGCUGGACCAGCAGGGGAACAGCGCCGUGCACGUGGCCGCCCAGCAUGGACACUUGGGCUGUAUACAGACCUUGGUGGAGUACGGUUCCAAUGUGACUGUGCAGAAUCAGCAAGGAGAGAGGCCUUCCCAGAGUGCCGAGCGGCAGGGCCACACCACCUGCUCCCGCUACCUUGUUGUCGUGGAGACGUGCAUGUCAUUAGCUUCUCAGGUGGUGAAGCUCACCAAACAACUCCAUGAACAGACGACAGCCAGAGUGGCCCUACAGAACCAGCUGCAGCUCCUGCUGCAACCGGCCACAGAGGCAGGUGGACCUCACGGAAUGCAGCCCCUGUCCCCAAGUCACCUGGUCCCCCUGCCCCAGGACACCUGGCCUGAGAUGACCCUGACGGCGGAGGUCUCCAGUGGGGAUGGCCAGUGGGUCCUGAGGCAGCAGCGUGGGGCGGCAGAGUCGGAGGCCGCGCUGCAAAAGCUCCUGGCCGCAGAUCAGUUGGCAGAGCGGACGGGCGACAGCAAUGCCCAGAGGCGGCUCGGCGUGGCGGAGCGUCGGGAGCUGAAGCUGGCGCGGCUGAAGCAGCUCAUGCAGCGCUCCCUGAGCGAGUCCGACUCGGACGUUUACCCGCCAGACGAUGCCAGCGCCGCGCCAAAGCACACGCCAGGCGGAGCGCCGCCACCGCCGCCCCCUCGGCCUGAACGGCCCAAUCAGCUGCCUGUGGGAGGCGGGGUCGGAGGCGUAGUGGACGAGACGGCCAUGCCCCCGGCACCCCCUGGUGGCCCCGCUGGGUUAUACGCCCUGAUGAAGAAGCACCAUCAUCCUCAUCCUCAUCCUCAUCCUCACUCCGCUCAGGGCUCCACCGCUGAGCGCAAACUCUCCUUUGCGCUCAGGACUUCUCGCUCCAUGGACGCUCCCGACCUCGAUCCCGCCAUGUUGUCCGACUUCAUGGACGGAGACGCGGACCCCGGCUCCGACGCGGCCAGCGGGCAGAAGGCCAACACCACCAGCCCCAAGAGCGCCCUCAAGUCCCCCUCGUCCCGCCGCAAGACGGCCCAGAACCUGAAGCUCCGCGUCACGUUUGACGAGCCCGUCGUCCACAAGGAGGCGACGGAGGCCGAGGGCCGAGGAGGGGAGAAAUCCGCAGCAGGAAACGGCAGCAGUGGCGGCGGCGGCCGCGCCUCGGAGUCUGGAGGAGGAGAGACGUGGAAGAGGCCUUUCGGGACGUUCCGCUCCAUCAUGGAGACGCUGAGCGGGAACCAGAACAGCAACAACAACAACGUCCAGUCGCCUGGCGCCGCGGGGUCGCCACAGGGACCGACGGGCAAGAAAGUGGACAGCAAGGCGGCGGGAGGUGCGGGGUCUCCACAGGGACUCGCUGGCAAGAAAGUGGACGGCAAGGUGUUGGUGAGCAGGGGAAGGAGCAAGCCCAGCGUCGUCUAAAGUGCCUUCUUCCUCUGGGCCACUAGGAGCAUUAUGGACACAUCAUCAUCAUCAGCACCACUACAACGGGCUCAUUCAACUUCAAGCUGUCUUAAAUAUCAUCUCUAGGAUUACAGCAUCCAAAGAAUGCGGUGCAGUCGACCAAAUCAGUUCAACAUCUUAAAAAGGGUCUCGUUUUUUUUUUUGAUGUUUUGAAAGGAAUGCAGUAGUCAGUAUUUGUCCAAGACAAAAAAUGAAGACUUUGGGAAGAAGUCAUAUUUCCCCCAUCUUGCAGUAGAAUUAUUUCCAAUUGGGCCAACACCAUCUGAUUUCUGAUUUGUGUACCUGGUCCGUACCUCUAUGAGCUUUGUGUGUACCUCCAGUCAGUCAUUACAUUGUAUUUAAGACGCUUUCAUCCAAAGCGUCUUACGUACAAUCGAGGACAUAAUCAUAGCAUACAACACUUGCAGACAGGGAAGCUGACAGGGGGGUGACAAAGGGCUCAGUUGUCCUGGGCCCAGAGUGAAAGGGGGCCCAGAUUUGGGUCCUCAUUUACAUUACUGGGCCGCGAGCCCUUUUAGUUCAUUUUGUCCUGGGCCUGGCCAAAGCUGUCAGCGGCCCUGCUUGCAGAUUCAAAGUCCACAGGAAAUAUACAGAACAGUAAGUCAAAAUUCCAAGUAG